GACCGGCGGCGGGGAAGCGGCCUGGGCCGGCCCUCAGAUUACGGGGUCCUGGGGGCGUCUCGCCGGGCACCGCCGCCCCCGCCGGCCUACCAACCAGGCCUUCCCCGGGGCCAGAGCAAUGGCCGCCGACAACAGCAAGCAGUUUUGGAAGAGAAGCGCCAAGCUGCCGGGGAGCAUCCAGCCUGUUUAUGGAGCACAGCACCCUCCUCUGGACCCUCGACUUACCAAAAACUUCAUUAAAGAACGGUCAAAAGUCAACACAGUUCCUCUGAAGAGUAAAAAGGCCUCCAGUUUUCAUGAGUUUGCCCGGAAUACCAGUGAUGCUUGGGAUAUUGGCGAUGAUGAGGAAGAGGACUUUUCCUCACCUUCUUUCCAAACUCUGAACUCAAAAGUUGCUUUGGCAACUGCAGCCCAAGUCCUGGAAAACCACAGCAAGCUGAGGGUAAAGCCAGAACGAUCCCAGUCAACAACAUCUGACGUCCCUGCCAACUACAAGGUGAUCAAGUCCAGCAGUGAUGCCCAGCUAUCCAGAAACUCCAGUGACACAUGCCUGAGGAACCCACUCCACAAACAACAGUCACUCCCUCUCCGGCCCAUCAUCCCCCUCGUUGCCCGGAUCUCCGACCAGAAUGCUUCUGGCGCACCCCCAAUGACAGUCCGGGAGAAAACCCGUCUAGAAAAAUUCCGUCAGCUUCUCUCCAGCCACAACACUGACUUAGAUGAGCUGAGGAAGUGUAGCUGGCCAGGGGUUCCCAGGGAGGUUCGGCCUGUAACCUGGAGACUCCUGUCGGGCUAUCUCCCAGCAAACACUGAGAGGCGGACGUUGACCCUGCAGCGGAAGCGGGAGGAGUAUUUUGGCUUCAUUGAGCAGUAUUAUGACUCUCGAAAUGAGGAACAUCAUCAGGACACCUACCGACAGAUUCACAUUGACAUUCCAAGGACCAAUCCCCUCAUUCCACUGUUCCAGCAGCCACUUGUACAGGAGAUCUUUGAAAGGAUUCUAUUUAUUUGGGCCAUCCGACACCCUGCCAGUGGGUAUGUCCAGGGAAUUAAUGACCUGGUCACUCCGUUCUUUGUCGUCUUCCUCUCAGAAUACGUGGAAGAGGAUGUGGAGAACUUUGAUGUUACCACCUUGUCUCAGGACAUGUUGCGAAGCAUUGAAGCUGACAGCUUUUGGUGCAUGAGCAAGCUGCUGGAUGGAAUCCAGGAUAACUACACCUUUGCACAACCAGGGAUCCAGAAGAAGGUCAAGGCACUGGAAGAGCUUGUCAGCCGGAUUGACGAGCAGGUACAUAAUCACUUCAGGAGGUACGAGGUGGAGUACCUACAGUUUGCCUUUCGGUGGAUGAACAACCUGCUCAUGCGGGAGCUUCCUCUUCGCUGCACCAUCCGCCUGUGGGACACAUACCAGUCUGAACCAGAAGGGUUUUCCCACUUUCAUCUUUACGUGUGUGCAGCCUUCUUGAUUAAAUGGAGGAAGGAGAUCUUGGAUGAGGAAGACUUCCAGGGUCUCCUCAUGCUGCUACAGAACCUACCUACGAUACACUGGGGCAACGAAGAGAUUGGGCUGCUUCUGGCCGAGGCGUACAGACUCAAGUACAUGUUUGCCGAUGCCCCUAAUCACUACCGCCGAUAGGUGCUGUCUCCCCAGGGACCCAGGCUGCCCCAUCUCUGAUGGCAACCUGAUCACUGUGGCCACUGUGCGAGCCGUGGACUGCGGCCAGGAACCACUCCUGCUGUAAAAAGCUCACCCCCGCCGCCCAGGUCUUAACUCCAUGUCUCUGGAUGUGUCUCUUGGACCACUCUCAGUAUUCCAUGCCAUGUGGAUGGGUCCAGCUCUGGGAAAGACAGAAUAGGAGGUACAGGGUUGUCUGCCCCUUUAAAAGAAACUGGACAAAGGAAGGGGAGCCUCAGGGUCUCAACUCACAUUGUCCCUACAUGGACUGGCUGGCUUUCGCCACCAGGCCCCAACUGAUAACAGUUGCUUUUUUUCUUUUUUUAAACAGGAAAAACACACAAAAUUUAUUAUAUGCCUAAGGCAUGGGAGUAUUAGGCUCUGCUACCAUUGGUUUUUUGUGACUCAGUUUAAUUUGAUCACAGGUCAAAUAUGCCUUAUGUUUUCAGAAGACUCCUGGCCCACUUUCCUCUCCUGGUUUCCUAACCCCUGUCCUUCUGCCCUGUCUGAGCCAGCAGGAUGGAGGAGGUAACCAGUGCUCAUAACUCUGGGAAGACGCCUACACCCAAGGGCUAGGAAUUUUAUUUUUCCUUUUCUCACCAGAUGUCUGUGUAUGUGCAUGUGUGAGUGUGUAUGUGCACACCCAUUGGUAUUUCAUCACGUCUGAAUUUCUGUGUCCAGACUAGCCCAUCAGAACCAGUUGGGAAGGACUCCAGUGACCAAGUGUAUAAGCACCCCUCAAGAAGGAUCAGGGCAGGGGAGGGAGAAGGGGAUUUUUACUCUUCAAAGCCCUUUUCCAUGAUGACCCACUCCAAGAUAUUAUGUAUAAAUUGUGUUACUAUGUAAAUGGGUAAUGAUGUACAAUUACACAGCCUCUUUGUAGUAGAUAUGAUUUUAUAUUUAUAAUGUGCAUCAACAUGUGAAAGCAAUCUAGGUCCUUAGCACAGGUGACUUUGCUGGGCAGGUGGCUCUGUGCCUCCAGAUUGGUUUCUGGGACGCCCUCUCUGAUGGGAGAAGACUGGGAGGUGGCUGGAGUGGGUACAGCUGAGCAGGUGAGCUGCCAGCCCAAGCAUCAGUGUCUCAGAGUUUUUCAUUCUCCCCUUUCUUCCCACCUCUCCUUCAGCCUUUCUGGAACAUUUCCUCUCGCUCUCACCUUUUCAGUGGUGGAGCUCCCACCACUCACCCCUAGCAACCUCCCCAAGAAGGGACUGCAGAGGUCGAAGCCUUCCUACAGGUUUGCUCCUGCCUUUCCCUGGAGUUGGCGGAGGGUUUAGUCUUUCCUAUUUAAGUCAGCAUUGAAUUCAGGACAAAAGUUGUGGCUGACUAGUCAGUGCCAAGGGAAGAGGUUCCCAGUGUCUCUGGGGUGUGGGGCUCUUCUCAGCAACAUUAGGUGUCCCCUGCCAUCACCAUCACAUCCUGCACAGCUCAUGUGUGACCUGUGUUUGAUUCUUGGUGUUUGACAGUGGACAGUGGGAAGGUGGGAGAAAGCAGCUGUAGUCCUCUUGGAAGCCAAGCAGUGUUCCUGGAGGAUGGCACCCUGAGUCUUUGACCAGGGAACCCCCACCACAGGCCGUACCACACGCUUUGAGUUAAAUUCCUCAUCUGGAGCUGUUUCUCAGGCGCCAUCCUCACCCUCUCCUUCCCUUCGGUGUGCCUCAGUAGUGUCCUUCACAGAGGGAGGGCUCAUGGCCCUCCCUCAACCAAUUCAGACGAAUUAAAGAAAGACACUUGUGUUCCCAAGUGGUGGUUUUAUUUUUUUAGUUUUUAUGUUUGUAUGGGAAAUUGUGGGUAUGGUGAAUGAGUUGUAAAUAAAUGGUGUAUUUCCUCCUCUGUCUGCUGAUUUUUCUUCCAUGGAUUUGUGUAACACAGAACAGAAAGUGUGUCCUUCUCUUGUUUUUUUUCUUACUGAUGAGGGGGAGAGUCAAAUGUGUAGAGCAAGCAGAGCAUCAACAGAAGACCAAGAAGCAUUUUCAGAGGCUAUCCGUAAACACUGAGCCUCUGCUCUGUGAAAGGUACUGUUCAAACUACAAAAUGAGUAACUGGCUCCUAAUAGUAGAUAUUUAUAGAGCACCUUACCA